AUGAUGGAAUCUGGUGUUAACUUCUGUAACUCUUGUGGUGAACAAGUUGGAGUUGAUGCUAAUGGUGAAGCGUUUGUGGCUUGUCAUGAAUGCUUUUUCCCUAUUUGUAAGGCUUGUGUUGAUUAUGAAAUCAGCGAGGGACGUAGCGUUUGUUUGAGAUGCGGUAAUCCAUAUGCUGCUGAUAAAACAAGAGGUAAGGAUACUACCAAAGUUCCUGGAAAUCAAUCAACAAUGGCUGCACAAAUAAGUACUUCUCAGGAUGUUGGUCUCCAUGCUAGGCAUAUCAGUACUGUGUCAACGGUGGAUAGUGAAUUAAACGAUGAAUCUGGGAAUCCUAUUUGGAAAAAUAGAGUGGAAAGUUGGAAGGAAAAGGACAAAAAGAACAAGAAGAAAAAAGCAGCACCUAAGGCUGAAAAUGAGGCUCCUGUUCCACAAGAACAGCAGAUGGAAGAAAUGCAGCCUUCCUCAGAGGCGACUGCGGCUGAGCCACUUUCAAUCAUUAUUCCAGUCUCAAAAUCGAAACUCGGACCAUACAGAACUGUUAUAAUCAUGCGGCUCGUAAUCUUGGGUCUGUUUUUCCAUUAUCGAGUUACACAUCCGGUUGACAGUGCUUUUGGUCUGUGGUUGACAUCUAUCAUCUGUGAGAUCUGGUUCGCGUUUUCCUGGGUGUUGGAUCAGUUCCCUAAAUGGUCUCCUAUCAAUAGGGUUGCUUAUACUGAUAGGCUCUCUGCGAGGUUUGAAAGAGAGGGUGAACCUUCUCAGCUAGCUGCGGUGGAUUUCUUUGUUAGUACGGUGGAUCCGUUGAAAGAACCGCCACUUAUCACAGCUAACACAGUUCUUUCUAUCCUUGCUGUGGACUAUCCUGUGGAUAAAGUAUCGUGUUAUGUAUCGGAUGAUGGUGCGGCAAUGCUUUCAUUUGAGUCCCUUGUGGAGACAGCUGACUUUGCAAGGAAGUGGGUUCCGUUUUGCAAAAAGUUUUCGAUCGAACCACGUGCACCCGAGUUUUACUUCUCUCAGAAGAUUGAUUACUUGAAGGACAAGGUUCAACCUUCUUUUGUAAAGGAACGUAGAGCAAUGAAAAGAGACUAUGAAGAGUACAAAGUCAGAAUUAAUGCUUUGGUUGCAAAGGCUCAGAAAACACCAGAUGAAGGGUGGACUAUGCAAGACGGAACCUCGUGGCCAGGAAAUAAUUCGCGCGAUCAUCCUGGCAUGAUUCAGGUUUUUCUUGGACACAGUGGUGCCCACGACAUAGAAGGAAAUGAACUUCCAAGGUUGGUUUAUGUUUCCAGGGAGAAAAGGCCAGGUUACACCCACCACAAAAAGGCUGGUGCUGAAAAUGCAUUGGUGAGGGUGUCUGCAGUUCUCACAAAUGCUCCUUACAUUCUCAAUCUUGAUUGUGAUCAUUAUGUUAACAAUAGCAAGGCUGUUCGAGAAGCGAUGUGUUUUCUGAUGGAUCCAGUAGUCGGUAGAGAUCUUUGUUAUGUGCAGUUCCCCCAGAGAUUUGAUGGUAUUGAUCGCAGUGAUCGAUAUGCCAAUCGCAACACAGUUUUCUUUGAUGUUAACAUGAAAGGACUUGAUGGAAUUCAAGGACCUGUAUAUGUGGGGACUGGAUGUGUUUUCAACCGACAAGCGCUUUACGGAUACAGUCCACCUUCUAUGCCAAAUUUACCAAAAUCUUCAUCGUCGUGUUGUUGCUGCCCUUCAAAGAAGCCUACUAAAGAUGCCUCGGAGCUUUAUAAAGAUGCAAAGAGGGAAGAGCUUGAUGCUGCCAUUUUUAAUCUUAGGGAGAUUGAGAAUUAUGACGAGUAUGAGAGAUCAAUGCUUAUUUCACAACUUAGCUUUGAGAAAACAUUUGGUUUGUCCACUGUUUUCAUUGAAUCAACAUUAAUGGAGAAUGGUGGUGUGUCUGAAUCCGCUGAUCCCUCAAUGCUGAUCAAGGAGGCCAUUCAUGUAAUUGGCUGCGGAUACGAAGAAAAGACAGCAUGGGGAAAAGAGAUUGGUUGGAUAUAUGGCUCGGUUACUGAGGAUAUCUUAACGGGGUUCAAGAUGCAAUGUCGUGGAUGGAGAUCAGUUUACUGCAUGCCCUUAAGGCCUGCAUUCAAAGGAUCAGCACCAAUCAAUCUUUCCGAUCGUUUGCAUCAAGUUCUUCGUUGGGCUCUUGGAUCAGUUGAAAUUUUCUUGAGUAGACAUUGUCCUCUCUGGUACGGUUUCGCUGGAGGUCGUCUCAAAGUACUGCAGAGACUUGCUUAUAUCAACACCAUUGUUUACCCUUUCACAUCCCUUCCUCUCAUUGCCUAUUGUACUUUGCCUGCAAUUUGCUUACUCACAGGAAAAUUCAUCAUCCCAACGCUAUCAAACCUUGCAAGUGCACUCUUUCUUGGACUCUUUAUCUCCAUUAUAUUGACAAGUGUACUUGAGCUAAGGUGGAGCGGUGUUACCAUAGAAGAUUUAUGGCGUAACGAGCAAUUUUGGGUGAUCGGAGGUGUUUCAGCUCAUCUUUUCGCAGUAUUCCAAGGUUUCCUAAAGAUGUUAGCAGGUGUUGAUACAAACUUCACAGUCACAGCAAAAGCUGCAGAUGAUGCAGAGUUUGGUGAACUAUACAUGAUCAAAUGGACAACACUCCUAAUUCCGCCAACAAGCCUUAUCAUUAUUAACCUUGUUGGCGUCGUUGCUGGAUUUUCUGAUGCACUUAAUGGUGGUUAUGAAUCUUGGGGACCACUCAUUGGAAAAGUUUUCUUUGCAUUUUGGGUGAUCUUUCAUCUUUAUCCAUUCCUUAAAGGUCUUAUGGGUCGCCAAAACCGUACUCCAACCGUUGUUAUUCUUUGGUCAGUGUUGUUGGCUUCUGUCUUUUCACUUGUUUGGGUUCAGAUCAAUCCAUUUGUAAGCAAAGUUGAUAGUGCAGCUAUCUCUCAGACUUGCAUUUCUAUUGAUUGUUAA